AUGCCAAAUAGACCAGGGACUAGGGUAUCAAAGAGCGUUGCCUGUCGAAGAUGCCACGAGAGAAAGGUCAAGUGCUCAGGAGAUGUCCCAUGCACCGGUUGUCGCUAUGCAAAUAAGGCAGGCGAAUGCAUUUAUCCACAAAAGUCGCGUCGUGUGAAGAUCAGCGAGCAGUUCAUCGAGGAUCUCGUUUCUGAGAACCAGCGAUUGCGCACAUUGUCGUCACUCACUCCAACUGAAGAGUGUGGAGCAAAGGAAAAGAGCCCUGUUGCCGCUGGUGCUUCCUGGUUUGUCAACGCAGAUGCGCUCCAACCCCCUAUCUUAGUCGCCGAAGCCUCCGACUCGGCGUUCGCAACACGGUUUCGACAGGCCAUGUCUAAUUCCCAACAUGGCCAUUUGCCUCGAGUAGACUUUCCCAGUGACGAACAGCUACUGGCUCUCUCGGAUAUUGGAUGCCCGUGGCCCACCCCAGCUCGUGCACGGCUUCUUGUCCGGGCUGCUGUGAAUGGUCUUGGUCGCUGCUAUCAUGUUGCACGCCGCAGUACGAUCUUCAAUGAACUUGAACAAAGUAAUCAGGAUCACUCCCUGGUUCCUCUGUUAAGCAAGUGUAAGCUAUGGGUGAUGUUUGCAAUCGGCGAGUUGUAUACAACAAGGACGUCGACAUUGACAAAAGGCUUCCCUGGCCUUCAUUACUUUUGCAAAGCAAUGAACUUUCUCCGCAUCAUAAGCGAAAGACCGAAUGUUGACAUGAUCGAGAUUCAAUUACUUCUGGUUUGGUUGUUCCUUCUUCUUUUCAUGACAUUGCUGAUUCAAUUCCAGUCAUUCUACUCACUCUUCCUUAACCGACGGCAUGCUGCUUAUAGUCUGGCAGGCUCUGCCGUGCGGCAGGCAAUUAUAAUGGGGCUGCACCUCAAUAUACCCGCAUCCCAAAUGAGCGACGUGGGGGAACGCGAGCAUCGCAACCGUAUCUGGUGGACAGCCUACACAUUUGACCGCAUGUGGGCAGUAAAACUUGGCUACCCGUCUGCUAUCCAAGAUGGAAAAGUUGAAGUGGAUCUCCCAUGUAACCCAGUUGGUCUGGAUAAUGCUGCUGUAUUGGACUUCCCGGACUGUGCAUAUUUUGUCGCCAGGAUUCGUCUCGCCCGUCUAUCCGACCGGGUAAUAAAUUCAAUUUAUGGUCACAAGGCGCUCGAAUCAUCGUUAUCUAGCCGGGUUCAAGAUGCCUUUGGUGACCUUCGACAGUGGUUGAAGGAGCUCCCACCAUCUCUUCAGAUCGAUUCAAGCGACGAAGGCGAGCUGGAUCCCAAGGCUAGGUCAUUACACCUACUAUUUAACCAGCUGGGUAUCCUCGCCACCCGGCCGAUCCUGCUCCGUGUUUUCCGAGCGCACCUUGAAGCAUAUAAACAACAGCCCAGCACUACGCCGACCAUCCCUACUUCCGCCACUACUUUAGCAGAGACAUGUGUUCGUUUUGCUCGACAUUCGUCUUCCCUUCUGGUCGAUAGCUGGACCGACAGUACAUUUAUGGUCUUUGAUUUCUUCUAUACCCAGUAUCUGUUUUCGGCAGCCACGAUUCUGGGCAUUUCAACCCUCUUGGACAGCAGAGACCGCCAGAGUGACAGAGAACAGUAUGAAUUAUUGGCAAGCUUUCUUCUCCAACUACGCGACAAUGGCAACUACGCCGCUGCCGAGUUCUAUCAGCACAUUGAAGCGGCCACGAACUUGAUGCAGGCAACACAGGCGCGGUUGCAACUCAACGCCCGGUAUGCGAACGCAACCGCACCGCCCCAGGAUUCUAUAAGUGCUCCAACUGUGAAUACAGUUGGUCUGGAACGAAAAUCGCCACCACUAUGUGAUUCUAUGACUGCUGGAAUGGCGCUCUCCGAGCCUCUUUUGCGGGAGCUGCUAGAGCAGCCUCUUUCGGACCUUGAGUUUAUUGACUCCUCGAUGUACUUGGAUGAGCAACAAUGCUUUUAUUGGCCGGCUAUUGGUACCGAAAGUGGUACGGGUGUUUGA